UUUUGUUUGGGAACCAUGGGGCCGCAUCCAGUCCUUCGGAUUUGGGGAAAUAGAAGGGGUACAGCGGCGUCCCUAGGCCGUUCCGAAGGUCGCUUGUCUGGCCCUCGGCCACUGCGAGUCCUGGCACCCACCUUGACCUUUGCUCAGACCAGCAGGUGUUCCUUCAAUGGUGCCUUAGCUACUGUUCCUGUCCAGGACCUGGGCUCCACUGUCAUCAAAGAAGUCUUGAAGAGGGCCACUGUGGUUCCAGAAGAUGUGUCUGAGGUCAUCUUUGGACAUGUUUUGGCAGCAGGCUGUGGGCAGAAUCCUGUUAGACAAGCCAGUGUGGGUGCAGGAAUUCCCUACUCUGUGCCAGCAUGGAGCUGCCAGAUGAUCUGUGGGUCAGGCCUAAAAGCUGUGUGCCUUGCAGCCCAGUCAAUAGGGAUAGGAGACUCCAGCAUUGUGGUUGCCGGAGGCAUGGAAAAUAUGAGCAAGGCUCCUCACUUGGCUCACUUGAGAACAGGAGUAAAGAUAGGUGAGAUGCCGCUGACUGACAGUAUACUCUGUGAUGGUCUUACAGAUGCAUUUCACAACUAUCAUAUGGGUAUUACAGCUGAAAAUGUAGCCAAAAAAUGGCAAGUGAGUAGAGAAGAUCAGGACAAGGUUGCAGUUCUGUCCCAGAAUAGGACAGAGAAUGCACAGAAAGCUGGCCAUUUUGACAAAGAGAUUGUACCAGUUUUGGUGUCAUCUAGAAAAGGUCUUAUUGAAGUUAAAACAGAUGAGUUUCCUCGCCAUGGGAGCAACAUAGAAGCCAUGUCCAAGCUAAAGCCUUACUUUCUUACUGAUGGAACGGGAACCGUCACCCCAGCCAAUGCUUCAGGAAUGAAUGAUGGUGCUGCAGCUGUGGUUCUUAUGAAGAAGUCAGAAGCUGAUAAACGUGGGCUUACACCUUUAGCACAGAUAGUUUCCUGGUCCCAAGUGGGUGUGGAGCCUUCCAUUAUGGGAAUAGGACCAAUUCCAGCCAUAAAGCAAGCUGUUACAAAAGCAGGUUGGUCACUGGAGGAUGUUGAUGUAUUUGAAAUCAAUGAAGCCUUUGCAGCCCUCUCUGUUGCAAUAGUUAAAGAACUUGGAUUAAACCCAGAGAAGGUCAACAUUGAAGGAGGCGCUAUAGCCUUGGGCCACCCUCUUGGAGCAUCUGGCUGUCGAAUUCUUGUGACCCUGUUACAUACACUGGAGAGAACAGGCGGAAGUCGUGGUGUUGCGGCCCUGUGCAUUGGGGGUGGGAUGGGAAUAGCAAUGUGUGUUCAGAGAGGAUGAACUGCUUCAACUUUGAACAACCUCAAUUUAUUUUUAAACUAAGAAAGUACUAGGUUGUUAUAUGCGAAAUCAAGGACCAAAACAGAUGGAAACCAUUUCCUACAUCACAAAAACCCAAAUUUACAGCUUGUUGUACUUUAAUGUGUAAUACUUAACUCAAGGUACAAGACACUUGCAUUUAACAUUGUUAUAAAUAAAAGAGACAUCAGAUCAAUCAUUAAGGGCUCCAGAGUGAACAGCAUCUUCAUAACUUCCAUGUUUAUCAUCUUUACUUUCUGGAUGUAAUUUAAUAAGAUCAUCAAUUCGAAGAAUGGUAAUUGCAGCUUCUGUUGCAAAUUUCAAACUCUUAACUUUAACUAUGGUUGGUUCAAACACCCCUGCUUGUUUGUUGUCUCGAGGUUUACCAUUGCUCAAAUCAAGACCAAUCCUGCAAUUAAGAAAGAACUAUUAAAAUGGCCGCUUACAACUUAAUUAGGUGACCCAUUAACUCCAGCAUUUCAUUCAAGUAUUAAGCUUGAUUUUUAAGUCAGACUAGAGAUCUUGUAGGUGUCUUUCUACCCAAAGAAGGAGAGAUUAGCAAUCAGAGUUGUUAACUAAGGCACACCAGUGCUAAUAAUUAGUCAUUAUCCCUUGAAUUACAGUGACUAACAACAAA